GGGGAUACUAAUCGACGGUCAAAUACCGUCGAUUUUGCGGAGACCGUCGAUUAGUAUCUUUGCCCCUCCGAGGCAGUUCCGAAUGGGUCGGAAGUUUGACGGAAAGGGGCCGAGAAGUUGCGAUUUUUGUAUGAACUGAUGUAAAAUCCACGCUUAUUGAAGGUUUUAAAGUAUUUCAGUAAUUAUGGUAAAGGAGCAGUUCAGGGAAGCUGACGUUGCUAAGAAAAUAAGCCAUGUAACAUUUGGUUUGAUGACAUCUGACCAGAUGGGACAGUACUCCCAUCUACAUGUGGUCAGUAAGAAUCUGUACUCUCAAGAUGGGACAAGGAAGCCUGUCUCUUAUGGUGUGCUUGAUCACAGAAUGGGUACCAGUGAGAAGAGCAAUGAUUGUGAGACAUGUGGUAAAGGUCUCUGGCUGAAUGUAUUGGUCACUAUGGUUUUGUUGAUCUUGAAUUGCCAUGUUUUCAUAUUGGAUUUUUCCGUACAACAAUCACUGUUCUACAAAUGAUCUGCAAGUCCUGCAGUAGGGU